UCUGUUGCACAGGUGCUCUACAUAUCCACACCAUGAUCCACACCGCUCUCCGCCCUCUCCGCCGCCACACACUGCGCUCAUUCGCUCUCCCCAACAGCCCGGAUGUAGCGCACAGGACCGCACAGUCCUCCUCUCACUGAGAAUAACAUGGCGCUGGCAGACACAUAACGGUGCCCACCAUAGUAAUAUUACCCACAAUAACAGACCAAAAUAAGCAACGGGACAUGUGAGCUCUUUGACCGCGGGAAGCAGGUUUGCCAGGGUUUUCCAGCAUGUUUGGGAAGAAGAAGAAACGGCUGGAGAUCUCAGCUCCGUCUAACUUUGAGCACCGGGUCCACACGGGCUUUGACCCGCGGGAGCAGAAGUUCACCGGACUACCACAGCAAUGGCAGAGCCUCCUGGCAGACACUGCCAACAGACCUAAGCCCAUGGUGGACCCCUCCUACAUCACCCCCAUUCAGCUGGCACCAAUGAAGACUAUUGUUCGAGGGAACCGGCCACCCAAAGACGCCUCCAUCAAUGGCCUGCUGGAGGAGUUCGACAACAUCUCAGUAACGCGUUCCAACUCCCUGCGUAAAGAGAGCCCGCCAGGCCCCCAUCAGGCAGGAGCUAGCUCCAAACCUUCCGUCAGUGGUCAUCCUAACGCCCCAGAGGAGAAUGGAUUCAACCAUUACUACUCCCGCUACUCCUGUGACCUCGACACUUCCAGUAGGGACUUCUCUCUCGACCCCAGCAGGCCGAACUUCUCCAUGGAUGGGGAGUGGGCCAUUGGGAGGCACUAUCGGUUCACCAAGCAGAAUGGUCACUCGCACCAUAUCCGCAGCCCUUUCUAUCCAGACGCCAUGCCCCAAAAAUCAGACUAUGGCAAGCUUCCCCCUGACUACCACACCUACCUGGAGAGCAAAGGGCGCUCAGCAGAUGAGGUGGCCUCCACUGUUGGCAGCGGGGUGGGCUCCAGCGGCUACUACCGGGCCUCUGUGGGUGGCUCAUCCAGUCAGGACUACAGGGACACUUCAGUCGGGACACCGUCUCGAGCCUCGCUACACAGUGAGCAGAUUAACUAUCCAGACAGUGAGUGGAGCUACGGCGGCCUACGGGACGAAUAUGAUAAGCGGCCUAAGAGUUCUUACGUGACGCAGACCAGCCCCACGCCGGCUAUCAGACAGAGGUCUCGAUCAGGAUCUGGACUGCAGGAGCCAAAUGUUCCUUAUGCAGCCAGCGGGGCGUUCAAGAACCCCCCACAGGCUCAUCCAUACAGCUCCUACACCUACCCUCGCCUCUCGGAGAGUCUCGGCAACUCACAGACCUUAACCAAGGGUGACUACGAGCGUCCGUUGCGUGAUGGCAGCCCCCAGGUUACAGGUGGUGACACCUACCCCAGAGGGCCUCUAAAGCAGCCUCCAAGCCAUCCCAAGCCACCUGGAUACCCCCCAGCACACCUGCCCUACCCUCCUGUCUUUCACCAUUAUAAACCUUCACCAUAUCACCAUCCUCCCUCUCAGCCCAGCCCACCGUACACCCCUCAGGGUGCCUACUCACAGCCUUCGUCCCCCUACAUCCCUCCGGGGGCUUAUCCGCCUCCUUCCUGGGGGUCCAGCUCUGACACACAACCUUCCAGAGUCUCACAUGAGCAGUUCAGAGCAGCACUCCAACUGGUCGUCAACCCAGGUGACCCUCGGGAAUACCUGGACAGCUUUAUCAAAAUCGGCGAGGGCUCCACAGGCAUUGUGUGCAUUGCCAGUGAGAAACACAGUGGCAAGCAGGUGGCCGUGAAGAAGAUGGACCUCAGGAAACAGCAGAGGAGAGAGCUGCUCUUUAAUGAGGUGGUGAUCAUGAGGGACUACCAUCAUGAAAACGUGGUCGACAUGUACAACAGCUACCUAGUGGGAGACGAGCUGUGGGUUGUCAUGGAGUUUCUUGAGGGCGGGGCUCUCACUGACAUCGUGACUCACACCAGAAUGAACGAGGAGCAGAUAGCUACAGUGUGUCUGUCGGUGCUGAGGGCUCUGUCCUACCUGCACACACAGGGCGUCAUCCACCGCGACAUAAAGAGCGACUCCAUCCUGCUGACCAGUGACGGCAGGAUCAAGCUUUCAGAUUUUGGCUUUUGUGCCCAAGUUUCCAAAGAGGUGCCCAAGAGGAAGUCUCUGGUGGGGACGCCCUACUGGAUGGCACCAGAGGUCAUCUCUAGACUACCUUAUGGCACUGAGGUGGAUAUCUGGUCUUUAGGCAUCAUGGUGAUUGAAAUGGUGGACGGAGAGCCCCCUUACUUUAAUGAACCACCUCUGCAGGCCAUGAGGAGAAUACGAGACAACCUGCCGCCACGGCUAAAAGAGUCGCACAAGGUGUCGUCGGUGCUGCGCUCCUUCUUGGACCUAAUGCUUGUGAGGGAGCCGUCUCAGAGAGCCACGGCUCAGGAACUCCUCCAGCACCCCUUCCUCAAGCUGUCUGGACCUCCUUCAUGCAUCGUCCCUCUGAUGAGACACUAUCGCCACCGCUGACCUGCCAGGCUGAACUGCCCUCCUCUAAACAAAAAAAGAAAAAAAAUCACAUACAUACACUUUCAACCAGGGUGGUACUGCCCUCACUCAGCCAAAACACCCCACCACUAGGUGGAGCCCCACAGACACUCACCUGUAACCGUGACGUAGAUUAGCUAAAGGAAUAUCUAAGAACAACAAUUAAAAAACACACCACAGAGAAAAGAAGAAAAUAUUGUCUACCAUUUUGAAACUUUGAACCGGAGAUGCAGAGUCGACUUCACUAGUCCUCUUUCUUCCUGGGCUGAGCCUUCAGCUCCAUGUAGACUUGAAGUAACCAUCAGCAGGAGCGUCAGAGAGGAGGUGCAAGCUGCUGAUGGGUGGAUGGACGCUGGGACUCAGUGCUCUGCUCCAGACCAGAGCAGUAGAUUGCAGAACAAUCAGCAAGAGGUUUUUUUUUGACCGGUAAUAACUGUUGUGUUGUCGCUCCGGUUGAAGGACGGGCUGCUGCUCCGCUGGUGGAACAGGGACGAGCUUCUCUCUCUUCUCACACACUAACAGUGAAAAUGUAUUUUAGAGAAACUUGUAAGUUUUUCUGUACAGUUUUGAUAAUUUGCAGUAUUUUAUCGUGUCGUAACCAUUGUGAUAUGAGCAGUAUUAAAUAGAGUUUCUGCAGAGAUCUUUCCUACUGUUUAUAAUCCAGUUUUUGCUUAAAGAUAUAAGAGAUAUCCCAAAUAAACCCACCUAAACCUAACUGUUACUGAAAAUACUGAAUAUAUUUAUUAUCUUACAUUUGUAGACAGAACUUCCAUUAAAUGUUGGAAAAAAGGGUAAUGUCAGAUUUUGUAUGACGUUUUAAAGUAUUUAUUUAUUUAUUGGAUUUGAAGGUUUUAUUUUUUGGUAGUGUGGCCUUUUUGUUUACUUUCUUUUGUUCUGUUUUUGUUGAGAUUUGUUUUACAUUUCUUAAAGCGCAUCGGCAGGCAGUGAUAUCAGUCGUCUAAUCAUUCAAGCAAUACCCCAGACCUCUUUAUAAAGCCCUGUAUUUAUGAUACUGUAAUUACACCAUGCAUUUUAAUGUAGCACAGGCUGAGUGAGGAGAUUUCUUCUACAGGCUUAUUUUCUUUUUUAUUAGGAGUCUCAUCCUGUUUCUAAAGUGACGCCCGCCUGCCGCGCAGAUUUCAGGCCGCUGAUAAAAGGUCUCGUUUUCUACUCACAUCCUCACUGUCAUCUCACUCCUUAUCCCGCCUCAGUCAGACACACACACACACACACUCGCUAUCACUGGAGCUGUGCUGCCAUCCUCAUCUGUGGUCGAACCGCGAGAACAGUGUAAUCCUCCUCCCUGCAUCGUUUUAAACCAUCAUUCACUGUGAUAUGUAAAUAUGACUGUGUGUACGUGAAUGUGUGUGUGCGUGUGUUUGUUUGUAUGUCAAAGAGCAAAAGAUGUAGAGCGUGUUUAUCUCUGUACAACAUCUGAAAGUGUGUGUGUGUGCGUGUGUGCUGGCUAAUCCUUGACGCUGUGUCAGGACCUGAAUGAGUAACACUUAUCUGUGGUGUUGGCUUGUACAGUGAUAUUGCAUGUUUGUUAUCAGUGAAGCUGGUUUCAAUUAAAAAAACGCCCAUAAAAACAUUGA